UUAAAAAACAAGUGGAAAGAGAAGAGCUAAGCAAGAAAGAAAUGUCAUAACCCUUUCUGUCUUUUUAAUCCAGACACCUAAACUGUACUUGUGUUCCAGGUGUAUCCAUCGCCAUCCAGGUUUGGAAAACCCACUCUUCUGCAGCGUGUCUGUUCGUCGUUAGGAGUACUGGUCAAGUGGCUAUUCCACAUCACUGAGAGAGGCUGAGAAAGUGAUUGAGAGUGAAAAAUAUAUUCCUGUCCAGUCACCAAACCUGCCAUGGCCUCCGCCACAGCCCGAACCAGUGUGCCAAAGAAGCACAUCCAAUUUAUAGCUUUUCAGGUCACUCUGAUAGGAACGGUCUUCUGUGGGAAUGUGCUGAUUUGGCCUACGGAAGCCAGUCACUGGCUAAAUGUUAAGAUCAUUAUACAGGAACUGAUACGCCGAGAGCACAAUGUCACCAUCCUAGUGCCAAACGCUUCCCUCUUCAUCACACCGCAUGCUGAGACGGCCGAGAGGUUCAAGAUGUACUCUGUGCCCUUCGGAAAGAACUACAUUGACUCCUUGAUUAAGGAGAUGGUGAGCUUGUGGGUGUAUAACAGACCAAUUGUACUGACCUUCUGGCAGUUCUACAAGGAACUGGGGAAGCUGAUCAGCAAAGUGAAUGAGAUAACUAGACAGCUGUGUGAUGGCGUGCUAGGCAACCGGGAUUUAAUGACCCGGCUGCAGAGGGACAAGUACGAUGUGCUUCUCGCUGAUCCGGUGACUAUCGGCGGUGACCUAGUUGCUCUCAAACUCGGAAUUCCAUUUGUGUACUCUCUGCGUUUCACACCAGCCUCAACAGUGGAGAGACAUUGUGGGAAGAUGCCCUCUCCGCCUUCGUAUGCACCCGCAGCCCUGUCUGAGCUCACAGACAAGUUGUCAUUCGGCGAAAGAAUAAAAAACAUACUGUCUUACCUCCUACAAGACUAUGUGUUGGAGAGUUACUGGGGAGAAUGGGAUUCGUAUUACAGUGACAUUCUAGGAAGGCCCACGACGCUGUGUGAAACGAUGGGCAAAGCAGAGAUGUGGCUGAUCCGGACGUACUGGGACUUUGAAUUCCCUCGCCCUUUCCUGCCUAACUUUGAGUUUGUCGGGGGACUCCACUGCAAGCCUGCAAAGCCUUUACCUGAGGAAAUGGAAGAGUUUGUCCAGAGUUCAGGGGAACAUGGUAUCGUGGUGUUUUCUCUUGGCUCGAUGAUUUACAACUUAACCGAGGAGAAAAGUAACAUGGUUGCCUUGGCCCUCAGCCAGAUUCCACAAAAGGUUCUUUGGCGGUACAAAGGGAAGAAACCAGAAACUUUAGGACCCAACACUAGGAUUUAUGACUGGAUACCCCAGAAUGACCUGCUUGGCCACCCCAAGACCAAAGCCUUUAUUACUCACGGUGGAACCAAUGGGAUCUAUGAAGCUAUCUACCAUGGGAUUCCCAUGGUUGGGAUUCCCAUCUUCGCUGACCAGCCGGAUAACAUUGCUCACAUGAAAGCGAAAGGGAUGGCAGUGGAGCUGGAUUUUAACACAAUGCAAACCCAGGAUUUAAUCGAUGCAUUGGAUAUGGUCAUUAACAACUCCAGCUAUAAGGAAAAUGCAGUGAGGUUAUCCGAGAUUCACCACGACCAGCCCAUAAAGCCUCUGGACCGAGCUGUCUUCUGGAUCGAAUUUGUCAUGCGCCAUAAAGGAGCGAAGCACUUGAGACCAGCAGCUCAUGAGCUCACCUGGUACCAGUAUCACUGCCUGGACGUCCUGGCGUUCUUGCUCAUCUGUGCAGCAGCUGCUGUUUUCAUUGCUGUCAGGUGCUGCUUGUUUUGCUGUAAGAAAUGCGGUAGGAUUGUAAAGAAAAAGAAAACGGAGUAGAUUUGCUGUUCCCAUUGGCCACGCUUGUCUCUGGUUAGGCCGUGGUUCAGCCAGGUACUUCAGCUUGUUCGUGGUCCUGUCGAUCAAGGCAUAUGCUGAAAAUGAGGCGCACGCUGUAAUACCCAUGCGUAAUCAGGGCCAUGUUCUGGUGAUGUAUCAGGAAAGCUGCACACUUAGCAAAUGUGAUGUUUACAGUAAUUUCCUUUUGGCUUGAAUAAGAAUGAAUCAUUAGCUUGAUCCACCAAUCGGACUCCUUCGGUGAUUACACAGGGACUUGUCAUAUGCUAACUGUGGCAAUGAUUUUCAGAAUGUAACUUUCCGGAGACUUUAUUUUAAAAGGACAAAGCCCAUAUGUUUUAGGUCCUUUGCUGUGUCUUCCACCUGCAGGUAUUAAAGUUGAUUUGCCCACCCUG